AUGGAGUUGAAGUUAAUGCGGAUAUGGUUUGCAGGCUCUCAAUGGUAUGUGCCGUCACAAUUCCCACAAAUCGAAACGCCUGGCGGAACGAGACUCCAUGCAGUUGCGCCAGGCACCAGUCAGGAGAAUUUGGCAACAAGUUGGCCUUCUCUAAACAUCAACACCAACUCUCCCCUACCAGAACAGCGUCAUCUGCGACAAGAACGCUCACCGCAGCCGACACGUCAGGAGCCUUCUCCACUGCCCAGACGGUUACCAGAACCUUCUCCGCCACUUCGAAGGGCUCCCUCCCCGCCACUACGACGGGCUCCGUCUCCGCCAUCGUCGCCGGUCUUCUCAUUCAAUGGACGGGAUUCCCCGCCGGACGAGUUCAUUCAACCUACAAAAGUCACUCUGAAUGUUUUCAAUCCG